GUGGGAUUGAGAAAGAGAGAGAUGAGAUCAUAGACCAAAGGGAGAGAAUACAUCAUUUUCCAUCCCUGCAGAGAAAAGAGUGAGAGAGAACUUCAACGCAGUUUUGUUGUGGGGUUGAGUUGAACAUUCAAGACAUGGCCAUUCAUCACCAGUCAUUUGCUCUUGUUUUCGGCCUUAUCGGCAACAUCAUCUCCUUCCUGGUGUUUCUUGCUCCUGUGCCAACGUUUUACCAAAUCUACAAGAUGAAAUCUACUGAAGGGUUUCAGUCGCUUCCUUAUGUGGUUGCUCUAUUCAGCUGCAUGCUCUGGAUUUAUUAUGCACUCACCAAGAAGGAUUCUGGCCCCCUCCUCAUCACCAUUAACUCCUUUGGAUGCGUCAUUGAAUCCAUCUACAUUGCCAUAUUCCUCUUUUAUGCUUCCAAGAAGCUCAGGCUUUCGACUAUCAAGCUACUUUUGUUGCUGAAUGUGUUCGGGUAUGGAUCGAUGGUAAUAUCGACUCUGUACUUCGCAGAGGGAUCAAAACGCGUCAAUAUUAUCGGAUGGAUUUCUCUUGUUUUCAAUAUAAGCGUCUUCGCUGCCCCUCUCUUCGUCAUGAGACGUGUUAUAAGGACCAAAAGUGUGGAGUACAUGCCGUUCAAUUUAUCCAUGUGCUUAACCCUUAAUGCUGUGAUGUGGUUCUUCUACGGUCUUUUCCUCAAGGAUUAUUAUAUCGCACUGCCGAACACUCUUGGAUUCCUGUUUGGAAUAGUGCAAAUGGUGCUUUUUAAGAUGUACAGAAACUCCAAGCCAGUAAAGCUUGAAGAACCUGUGAAGGUUCAGACUCAAAGCCACCACGUCAUUGACGUUGUGAAGAUGACUUCAAAUGAUAAUAAUAAUAAUGAUGCUGCCACAGAAGAGGAUGUUGAAGCUAAUAAGCACAAUGACAGGGGUUGUAAUGGCAAAGUCUGAUUAACCCAUGAAGAGUCUCCACUAGGUUUGGUAACCUGAUGUGCAAAUUUGUACGGAGAUUUUCCUAAUUUACCUGUACAGUACUGUACGGUACUCGUAGAUUGUAAUUCCCAGGCAACGAUGUUGUUAGCAUGCCCAGUGCUCUCCCUCUCGCGCGUGUAGUACGUGGUAGUUUAUUCUCCGUUGAACCAUGUAUUCUCCUCUUCCUCAAUAAAAUCUCAUGCAUAUUUCUCUUUCUA